CAGAAGACACAGUUUCAAUUAAUAAUGAAACUCAAGAACAACCUGAGAUGUUGUACAAAGACAAGAAAGAAGCUAUUGAAGCAUUUAAAGAACUCCUGAAAGAUAAGAAUAUACCCUCAAAUGCAACAUGGGAACAAUGUGUAAAAGUUAUUUCAAAAGAUCCACGAUAUGUCACUUUUAAAAAACUCAAUGAAAAGAAACAAGCGUUCAAUGCUUACAAAACUCAAAAACUAAAAGAUGAAAGAGAGGAACAGAGACUGAAAACAAAAAAAAAUCGCGAGAAUCUUGAAGAGUUUUUGUUGAGUUGCGAACGGGUGACAUCUCUAACAAAAUUUUACAAAUGUGAAGAAAUGUUCAGCAAUCUAGAGAUUUGGCGAUGUGUUCCAGAAGCCGAUCGUAGGGACAUAUUUGAAGAUUGUAUUUUUACUAUAGCGAAACGGGAAAAAGAAGAAGCAAAGGCUUUAAAGAAACGGAACAUGAAAAUGUUAACCCAGGUAUUAGAGAACAUGAGCGAAAUUACGUACAGUAGUACGUGGAGUGAGGCACAAGUACUAUUGCUAGAAAAUUCAGCUUUUAAAAAUGAUGUUAGUUUACUAGGUAUGGACAAGGAAGAUGCCCUGAUUGUAUUUGAACAACACAUACGAAAUUUAGAAGCUGAAUAUCAACAAGAAAGAGAACAAAUUAAAAAGAGGAAUAAAAGACAACAAAGAAAAAAUAGAGACAACUUUUUGGCUUUGCUGGACAGUCUUCAUGAAGAAGGUAAAUUGACAUCGAUGUCUCUAUGGGUCGAGCUGUAUCCGGUUAUUUCUGCAGACAUGAGAUUUUCAGCUAUGUUAGGACAAAGCGGAUCGACACCGUUAGACUUAUUCAAGUUUUACGUUGAAAAUUUGAAAGCGAGGUUCCACGACGAAAAGAAGAUAAUAAAGGAGAUACUGAAAGACAAGAAUUUCGAAGUUAAACCGGAGACCACGUUCGAGAAGUUCGCCACCGUCGUGUGCGAGGACAGCAAGUCCGCCUCGCUCGACGCCGGAAAUGUCAAACUUACUUACAAUUCGCUUUUAGAGAAGGCUGAAACUAGAAAGAAGGAGAAAUUGAAAGAAGAAUCGAAAGCUCAAAAGAAAAUAGAAUCUGCAUUUAAAUGGGCAUUGAGUGAUGCAAACAUCGACCACCUGCUCUCGUGGAGCGAGGUUAAGGAGAAACUUGACAUGAACGCGCCAGAGUUUGCCGCCGUCACCAGUGAAGAAGACAGAAUUAGAAUUUAUAAGGAUUAUCAGCAUGAACAAGAAGAAAGCUGCAUGCACUAUCACCAUCCAAAACCAAAGAAGUCCAAACGAUCAAAGAAGAAGAAGCGUUCUCACUCUGCCUCUUUGUCUCGGUCAGCAUCAGCGUCGCGGUCGCCAUCCCCGGCACCGAGCCACGGCACUUGGAGCUCCGACGAGGGCCGGAAACCCAAGAAAACUAAGAAGAAGCAUCGGAGGCACUCUCCUGCUCCGAAAUCACCGUCUCCCGAGGAGGGUGGCAUCACAGACGACGAAGAAGUGAUUCGGCACAAAAACAAAAAGACGAAACGCAGUGCGCCCAGCAGCCCGGAAGAGGAACAGGAACCGGAAAUCGUUUACAAACCCAAGAAGAAGAAGGACAAGAAAGAUAAAAAAGAGAGGUCGGGUGCGGCGUGGAGUGACGCCGACCUGGAGUCGCGUCGUGCGGCGCUGCUAGCUCAGCUGCACGAGCACGAGGCGGACUGACGUCGCGUCACACACGUGCACAUCUUCAACCAGUACCCCGCACAGUCGCGAGCGCAACCCUCCUCCUCGUCAACAACCACACAAAACAAGGGCCAAGUGAAAAAAGGGCUUGAGGAACAAAAACAACACUAAAAUAAUAUUUCCUCGCUCAUACUGUCACAGCGCGUUGCUUUAUUUUCCUGUAAGGCUAAACUUGAAUAAAAAAAAACCAUUAAAAGUUCUAUUUAUUGUUUAACAAGAAUAAAAUUAAAGAUGGCGGUAUAAAAGAAACGACAUGAAAUAAAACGGUAUUCGUAUAUGAAAUAUGUCUCUAUCACUUACUAUUCGAUUGGAAAUCCAAAGACAAUCCUUUUUCCACUUGCCUCGGGCUCGCGGAAAGCUUCGCGUUCGUAAAUCUGCCAUUCGUGUGUAAUCUCUGCGGUCGUACUGUUUAGCACGAUAUGAAUCAAUAAAGUUUUCCUAUAGAUUAGCCAGUGACAAGACGAGUCGCGUGUCUUACGUUUAUAAUGUUUAUAAUGCCUAACAGCUUAGGAGAGUACUUAUAUAAAUUUUAUUGUAAAACAUAUAUCAUUAUUAUUUAUAUAAAAAAAUUCUAACCUUUUGUGUUUACCUGCCUGCCUUCCAAUUAAUUCAUAGAUGUUUCAUUUGGAACCAUUGCAAGAGUUUAUAAUGUAUAAAUAUUUAGAUUAUAAUUUAUAGUUCAUGUGGAGUAAAGAAAUUCAAUAUGAAAUAAUGUAAAAUAACCCAAAUUAUGUAAUAAUGUCAUUUGUGUCGUGCAAUGCAAUCACAUAUGAUGAACAUUUUUCUUACACUAUAGAUGGAAAGUGUAGAUAUAUAGAUGUAAUAUAAUAUGACAUAAAUGGUAAGUAUAAUAAUAGUUAUUAUCUACUUUUUACUAGAGUAAAAAUACCUACUAAUGGAAACAGAUAAUUUGAUAACAAAAAUGAACAUGCAACACCACAAGACUUGCGUGUGUCAGCAAACAUGACAUAAGGCAAUGACCCUGUUUUUUAACAUUGAUUUCUUCGAUACGAUUAAUAACCAUGCUCCAAAUCUAUGAUUAAAAAUCAAACAAAUUGAUUAAACUAUUUUUGGGAUGGAAAUCAGUUGGUAAAAUACAGUUUUGUGAAAAACUCACUUAAAAGAGUAUAUGGGAAUAAUACAAAUUAAUAUUUAGUCACCAUCUAUCUGCUAGGCCUCUUCCAAUAAGGAAAGUCCAUUCUUUUUCUUCAGUUUUAAAUCUUCUUCUUUGGUUAUAGUUUCUUUUCUGGAACUUUUUACGAGAAGGUGUAAUUUUAUAAUUUGUUAGAAUUUCUAGGAAACCGUUUUCUAGACCCUUAUCGAAAAAAAUCCCUAUUCGUUGCGAAAAUGAAGACGGAGCAAACUAACUGAUCCUAAUUUCGAGUUGAUUUUCAUAGUGCUUUCUGUAUUUUGAAUUGAAUCUCAUUUUGAAAAUAUGGCAACAAAAGCGACCUUAGAAUUUUUUUUACAUGUAUGGGCCUUAUGCCUCGCCGAGCCUCAGCUCGCAUGCAUCGCAUCGCAGCAUGUAUGUAUGUAAUCAGCGCUCUGAACAUUGCAACUUUGGAACAGCUUUGUACAUUUGACCAGUACAUUGUAGAAAUAUUUGUGAAUCGAUUUAUAAAAAAGCCUUUUUUUUUUUCAAAAUAUCACUCUGAUUGACUGUCUUUUGUGGUUUUCGUGUAGACUACCAUGAAAUUCUUUCAAAGCUUAAUAGGUAGAUAUUUUCAUCAGGUAUAAUAUAGUAUUUACAAUAAUGAAAAUAAUCAACUCGUUACGAUGAAAUUAUACGCGUAGCAAACUUAGAAUAUUUUAUGUUACAGAUGUUUUGUUACACGUAGUUACCGUUUCGUUUUCAAUGCUUAACGAAAUGGUUUAUAUAGUAUUAAGUUAUGUAGUAAUAAUAUUGAACUCGUCAAAACAAUUAAAUUACAAUAAAUUUAAA